CGGCCCUCAGACUCCUCCACCACGCACUGCCAUCAGCCACCAGCCCACCCCACCAGCUGCCACCAUGCUGACUGCCGAGGACAAGAAGCUCAUCCAGCAGGCCUGGGAGAAGGCUGCUUCUCACCAGGAGGAAUUCGGAGCUGAGGCUCUACUUAGGAUGUUCACCGCCUAUCCCCAGACCAAGACCUACUUCCCUCACUUCGACCUUUCGCCCGGCUCUGACCAGAUCCGUGGCCACGGCAAGAAGGUGUUGGGUGCCCUGGGCAACGCCGUGAAGAACAUGGACAACCUCAGCCAGGCCAUGUCUGAGCUUAGCAACCUGCAUGCCUACAACCUGCGUGUUGACCCCGUCAACUUCAAGUUGUUGUCGCAGUGCAUCCAGGUGGUGCUGGCUGCACACUUGGGCAAAGACUACACCCCAGAGGUGCAUGCUGCCUUCGACAAGUUCCUGUCUGCCGUGUCUGCUGUGCUGGCUGAGAAGUACAGAUGAACCAUCGUCUGCAACUUCAAGUCUUCAAUAAAGACACCAUUGCUGCA